CACGUUUUGACCAAUCAGCGGCCGCGACUCAAAAUUCGAACCACAACGAAGACACGGAUGGGCUGUGGCUAAAUACACUAUAUUGCUUCAUUACGGCUUCAAAUCUUCCUAAACUGAACUUUUAUGUCAGCGAUAUUCACACGCUGGUAGGUUUUGAAUUGGGCACCUUGAUUAUAUAUUGAUAGACCGUCGGAAUAUAAGCCAGAGUGUGUUUAUUGGAGUUAACGUUCAGCAUCAAGCUAACCGAGCUAGCACGUCCGAGUAUGUUUAGAUGUUGACGAGUUUGACGAGCUAAAGAACUGUUAAACGAGGGAAAACCACAAGUCAUGGUGAAAGAGAGGGUCCAAAAGAAGUCAUACCAGCAGAGUCUGGAUGACAUAAAGGAGAAGAUGAAGGAGAAGCGGAACAAACGGCUGGCCAGCGCUUCAGCUCCGAGGAGAGGACGGCCCAGGAUCAACAAGAGCGCCGGUGAGGACACAAGACCUGCUUCUGAACCAGUUUCACUGUUAACCCACGUUUUUACGAAAGACCACACUGAAUUUAGCUUCUCAUCCACAGCUUCUCAGUUGGCUUUAAAAAGGAAUAUAAUAAUAACAAGGUCCUGAUACAAACUAUUGUUGCUAGACUUGUGGACUGUGAGAUUAUCUGAGAGAGUCCACAGAUUCUGUUAACGGUGGUGCAAGGCUAUUUUACAGCUUAUUUCAGUCUAUUGUUCUGGAUUAGGCCCUGAUCCAAAACAAUAAUACUUGGCAAAGUUAUUCUUAGACCUUUAAACACAAUUUAAUAAGAUUUGUGGACUCUAUUUGCACAAAGUGACAACUCAAAGAGGUGGAAAAAAAGAGAAAUUGUCCCUUCUUGCAUUUUCACUAUUAGAAGAACAUUUUACAAAAUUGGGACUGUUUUUAAAAGCCAGUAGGUUCCCUAUAUUAAUUAAGGUCAGGUCCAAGAAGCAUAAGUGUGGUGAGUAUGGAUCAGGACAAUAAACUGCAGGAUAACAAGAACAAAACAAAACUGCAUUUGAAGAGUGUAUGGAAAAUCCAGUCCAGAUCUGAAGAGUGUAGGUACAAAGGUUUUGGAUCAGGGCCUUGUUUACAUAUCCUUCGUCUUCUCAAGCUGCAAGUGAGAUCCUAACACCUGUCUGCAGUUCACACAGAUGACAUGUCAGUCUAAAAUGUCUUGAUGAAAUUUAAAAGGAAAAAGAAAUAUUUCAUAAACACACAAAACUUUACCAAAUGUAACCUCUGAAGUAGGUCUUUGAAUUAGUCUGUAACUAUUAACUGUUUGCAUGCUCUUAUCUUGUGAUGAUAAUUGUGUGUCUGCAGCAUACCCCUGUACAAAAGGUCUCCCUUAGGCCAACACAAGAGUAAAUUUAGCCUAUUAUUGACCAUGUUUCUUCUAUUUAUUUUUAUUCCCAGUGGCUAACUCCACUAACAACAUCCUGAAAGGCAUCCAGCAGAACAACAAAGCUCUGGCUGUCACCCUGCAGGCUGAGAAGGAGAAAGUGAGGCAGGCACAUGCAGUGAUCCUGCAGCUGAAAAGGGAGCAACAGGCCCUGUUUCUUCACCUGCUUCUGCUCAAGCGAAAACUCAAAGAUCAGGAAGCAAGUUCUUCAGAGGUAGGCUCUGAAAUCCUGUUGUCUGCCCUCAAUAUGUUACUGAACUACUCCUGGCUAAUGUCAGAAAUUUUAAAGCACUGCACCCGAGUAAGAAAGAUAAUAUUUUCUUUGUGUGUCAAUCUAGACAAAGCAUCCAAACAUUUCUGCUGAGCCUCAACAAAAGGGAGAUUCGGCAAGGUAAGGUUUAGAUUAAAAUUAAAACCCACUUUAAAGUUCCAUGACCAUAUGAACUAGAAUUUUCUAACAAUGAGAAUCUAUUACCUCUUAAUUUACAGGAGAAAGCGCACCUGCCAGAACACCGAUGAGUCUGUUGUGUGCAAAGUCUCACCAGUUUCUGCAGGUAUGCAAAGUUUUCACUAUCACUCAUGACCCCACAGAAAUGUUUGUGAUAAACCAUGGCAGGUGAUCUCAAUUGCUGAAAUUAUGUUGCUGGUCUUUUCCUUUUCCUCACAGAUCCUCAGACCUCUAACAAAAGUGAAUGGUCUGAAUGUGACACUCGGAUAGCACUACCAUCCACAGUGGGUGUCAGGCGUCGCCAUGUGGAUAGAAGAAGCAAGAGACGAUCUGAGCGAGUGAGAGAAAGGAGGUCGAUGAGCGACAGUGACAUCAUCUCAGGCUCGGGGGCGUUAAUAGCCAGUCCUAUUCACUCUGAAGACGGGAAUUCAAAUCAGCCACAGCAAGCAGCAGAGCCAGAGUUCGCAGACCCUGUUGAGACUGAAGAGUUCCAGCAUUCUACCCCUGAGCCUGACCCACAAAAGAAGACCAAUCAACAGAGGCCUGGAAGGAGACAAGCCAAACAACAGCAACCUCCUGCCAAACCUGAACCUGCUCCUCGGAAACAAGAGAGAGGCCGCAAACCGGAGCGCGCCCCGUUAAAGAAGCCUUGGGAGAAUCCGAAACCCAGAGCCCGCUCUAAGAGUCGGGACCGGUCAGCCUCCCGGGCUAAAACAGCCCCUACUUCUCAGGGUAAUCAUAAGCUCAACACCUCACUGGGGUUCAAUGACACAUUUGACUUUGACUGUGAAGAGACGAUUCACGUCACGCCGUUCAAGGCAAAGGCAGAGGACAAUCAACCAGCUACACCCAUCAGUGAAGAAUCCUCACAUGAGGGAGGUCAGACCCAAACUAAAGCUUCACCUGCAGCUUUCAAACAAAGUGAUUCCAGCUCCUCAUCACCCUCUUCUGAGUCCGAGGACAGUCUUUAUGUCCCUCAGAAGAAGAAGAGCCGAUGGAGACUGACUUCACCCGACAGGACCAAAGUGAUAGCCACGCGCAGAGGCAGGCGCUCUAUAGUCAUCAAACAGCAAGUCCCUCCAAAACAAAAGAUUAUGGGUAAGCUUCGCUCACACUUAAUAUUAACUUAAUUUGUAUUCAACUUUGUCCCAAUUAAACAACUUCUUUUUGUCUUCUGUAGUCUUCAGAGAUGAGGAAACAAGUCCGAAAGCUGAGGGGCCUAAAAAGAAAGAAGCAGCUCAUGGUCCCUCCUCUCACAUGAGCUAUUCAAACAGCCCUGACUCAGUCAGGUUAGAGCAAGAAAACCAGCCAGGUGGGAACAUUUUCACAAUAUGUACACUUCUUUUUUUUUUUGGUCUGUUACAGUGAAGCUUUAAUGUGUAACUGCAGAAUGCUGCUGUGUGUGUCCUUUUUUUCUGACCCGUGUUAUAAACUGUUGUGUGUUUGUUUUUCAGAGCCUCACACAGAGGUCAUUGUGGAGGAUUGUUUGCCUCCUGUCAGCCCUCUGGUUGAAGCUGAGAUGAUGAGAAUAGACAACGUUCUGUCUCAUUUCGGAGAUUCUCCCUGUGAAGCUCCUCCUCACCAGACACCGCAGAUGGUCAGGACAGGAAAGAGAGGUGGGUGAAUUUGUCUGUUUUCAAGCCUGACUAUCAAUGAAAUCUUGUAUGAGUGUUGUCACAAAAAAUGAGCACUGGGAGGCUGAUCACAUGUCUGUUGUGUCAUCACUUCUUCAAUCACUCACAACUCCUGUUUUCUUGUUUCUGGAUCACACAUCCUCUUUGACAUUUCCACAGGUGGGCUUGGUGUAAGGACAGGAGGGCGGGGCUUCAGUCUGUGUGAUGUUACCAAUCUGUCCCCUGCAGCCAAUCACAAGUUCUCCCGUGGUGGCUCCCGCCCCUCUGAUGCCCGAUGCUCCACCCCUGUUGUCCCUCGUAAGCGACGCUGUACCAUGGCAGUGGAUUACAAGGAACCUUCUCUCACUGCGUUAGUAUUUACCCUUUUAAUAACAUGGUAUAAUAUAAGGGGUAUUCAACUGUUCCAGAUUGUAGCUAAUGUAAGGCUAAUCUCCAUCUGCACACUCCCCAGAUUGGUUAUACUCAUAAAAGUAUAAUCAAGCAUGUACAGAAGAAAACGUUCAUAAAACCAGAAAACAUAAACUGCGUAACUUACAGGGAUAUUCCAGUGUAAAAUUAAGUUGGGGUCAAACACACUGUAACAAUGAGGGAGACCCCCUAGAGAGAUGAAUGUUGCCGACCGCUUGCUUCUCUAGUUAUACCAACUUUAGUAACAACUUUAACAAAGACCCACAUACAACAAUACAGAAGGUGGCUGUAGGACUCUACACAAGACAAACUAUGAGUAAAGGGGGAAUCAAUGUGCAUGAGGUGUUUAAAGUGCAAAGGCCAGAGUGUUAUGAUGCUGAAUCAGCUCUGAUAAGUAAACACACUGAUGCUCUUCUUACCAUAAAUGUUCUAAGAUACAGGCAUUAUUUUUCGAAUGUAACAGCUCUGACAGUUGCGUUCUCCUCCUCACAGGAAACUUCGUCGUGGAGACAAACACACAGACUUGCAGUUCCUCCAAUCCCCUAUUUUUAAGCAGAAGUCAGGCAGGAGCUCGAUGCAUAAAUCGAGGAAAUCUGUGAGCAGCAAAAAGUCGUUUGGGAAGUACAACGAGUCGUUUGUUGGAUGUCGCUGAAAGCAGCUGUCCUCUUUGUCCCCUCUGAACUCUGGCUGCUGGCGUGUGUCAUCAAUUUUAAUGUCCGCCAUUUAGAUGCUGGAACAUGUUUUUAAAUGUAUCUGUGAUAAGUUUGACAUUUUGAAAUUAUUGUUGUUGCUUUGUUCAUACUUAUUUUUCAAGGCAUUAGUGUCUUUUAACUGUCCUCUGAUUCUCCAGAGAAAAAGCUAGACUGGCAGUGGUAAUAGCUGUUUCCUUAAGAUGGCCUCACUUCUCUUUUCUCUCUGAAAUUCAGCUUUUUUUAUUGUUCGAUCUAUAAUAUGAGUGUGUAUUACUGUCUGCUUAUUUCACGUGUAUCCGUCAAUCGUAGUUCUCCCUGUGUGUUGUGAUAAUAAAUAUAAUUCCCUCAUU